UGCCAAUAGGAAAUAGUUGUUUAUACCGUGGUGCGUUUCAGAUAAUAUCCCAUGAGCAUCGGAGUUGGAGGCUGGGAUCGGAGGCGCGCGCUCGACCAUGACGCGCCCAGGCCCUCCCAAUGAGAACUUGCCCACGGUAAAAUUGGUGGUGGUAGGUGAUGGUGGCGUCGGCAAGAGCGCCAUUACCAUCCAGUUCUUCCAGAAGCUAUUCGUGACGGAUUAUGACCCUACCAUCGAGGACUCCUACAUACAACAUACGGAGGUCGACGGGCAAUGGUGCAUCCUCGAUGUACUGGACACGGCGGGCCAGGAGGAGUUCAGCGCGAUGCGCGAGCAGUACAUGCGGAAGGGCGACGGCUUCCUCCUCGUGUACUCGGUCACGGACCCGCAGUCCUUCCGCAACCUGCGGCGGUUCCACACGCAGAUCCUGCGCGUCAAGGACAGGGACUCGUACCCGAUGCUGCUGGCGGCCAACAAGGUGGACCUGGUGCACGUGCGCGCCGUGAGCGAGGAGGCGGGCCGCGAGCUGGCGCGCGCGCUCGGCGUGCCGUACAUCGAGACCAGCGCCAAGGAGCCGCCGCUCAACAUCGAGCGCGCCUUCCACGAGCUCGUCCGAAUCAUCCGCAAGCACCCCCAGCAGGAAGAGAAAGACCGCCGGCGCCGGAAGUUCGGCAAGUGUACGCUGCUCUGAGAUCCAUUCGCGGCU